CGAACUCGGUUAUUCCUUUACCACUACCAUCGAAAGGUGUUGGUUUAUGUAAUAAUACUGGCGUGGAUUGUUUUAUUAAUUCUACAUUACAAUGUCUUAUGCACACCCAACCGUUUGCAAAUUUUUUAGAGCGUAAUUUAAGAUGUACGUGUUCUGGUUUCUGUGGAUUAAGAGAGUUGUCUAUUUUACGAAUGUGUGCAUUAAAAGCAAGAUAUAUGAUAAGAAAUAGGGAUUUGCAUCGUAAUCUUAAAGCUAUUGACCCAUGUGCGGAUUUUUACCAUCAAAAUGACGCUUUUCUAUUCCUCUGUGGAUUAAUCUCCAAUCAAAUUGAACGCUGUUGCAAUUCUUUACAAUCUACAGCUGCUUUUUUUGAUAGGGUAUUUAAAACAACCUGGCGUAAUGAGGUCAUUUGCACAACAUGUUCGCAUAAGUCUAUAACUUACAAACAGGAGCAAGCUAUUCAAGUUGGAUUAGGAAAAAUGCUUAUAGGCAGUGUUCGAGAUUGGGCCGGUCCUUAUCCACUUAAUGAUUACAAAUGCGACAAAUGUAAUAAUAAUACUUGCACACAAAAAUGCAAUUUAACUCGUUUACCUGAAAUUUUGAUCAUUCAAGUGAAGCGUUUCCGAUACGAUCGAGGCUUACAACGUUGUAUCAAAGUUAACAGUCAUAUGAGUUAUAACGAAAUUUUGGAUAUGUCUGAAUUUUGUGUGCAUCCGGGAGAAGACGCAAGAUACCGACUUUCUGCAUCAAUUAUUCACGUUGGAAGUUCACCACGAAGCGGUCAUUAUUACGCUUAUGCCAAAACUGCCUCUGGCUGGGUUAAAUUUAAUGAUAGCGUGACGACAAAUGAAAAUACUCCAUCAACUGCUACUAUAUUAUCAAAAUCUGAAAUGAAAAUCAAUAAAUCACCGUGUAAUACCAUCAAACACGUCACCAAAAAACAAUUUAAUAAUGUUUCAUUAAAUGGUAAAGUUUCUGAUGGUAUUCAGCCAUUAGCAACUGAAAGCAUGGUUUCAAUCAAGACCGACGUGACCAAAGAUUUAUGCAAUAAUAAAAAUUCGUGUGAGAUUGUAGAUGCUGUCAAAUCUAAUGAUAAUAUUAGAUCGAAAGAACCCGAUAUAAUUCAAUUAGAGACUAGUAAUGUUAAGUCAAUAUCAGGGCCGAUAUAUGAUAGUAAUUCUCCUACAACAUCAAUCUGUAGUAAGGGAUCUAAUGCUAGCAAUACAAACAUAAUUGAGUACGGACAAUGUCGUUGGAUUGUUGAAAAUAUUCCAUCAAUAAGUUUUUUGAAUGGUGAUUGGAAAAGAAGAUUCUCACGUAAUGAAAAUAAACCAAUUCGCAAGAAACGAAGAAGAUUUAAAAAAAAGUAUGAGGGGAUAUUUUAA